CCUUCCUUUCUCUCUCCCCGGCCAUCUUGGCGGCUGCUCUUGGUGAGUGGCUCCUUCGGGCCAAGCUUCAGGCGUCGCGGGCUGCCCUUUGGAGCCCCGAAUUCUGAACGCCCUGUCCUGUCUCCUACACGCUCUAGGUUGGGGGCCGUCCCGCACCUAAGGCAGGAAGAUGGUGGCCGCGAAGAAGACGAAAAAGUCGCUGGAGUCCAUCAACUCGAGGCUCCAGCUGGUGAUGAAAAGCGGGAAGUACGUGCUGGGAUACAAGCAGACUCUGAAGAUGAUCAGACAAGGCAAAGCCAAGCUGGUCAUCCUGGCCAACAACUGCCCUGCCUUGAGGAAAUCAGAAAUUGAGUACUAUGCCAUGUUGGCCAAAACUGGUGUUCAUCACUACAGUGGCAAUAAUAUUGAAUUAGGCACAGCAUGUGGAAAAUACUACAGAGUCUGCACACUGGCCAUCAUUGAUCCAGGUGAUUCUGAUAUCAUCAGAAGCAUGCCAGAACAGACUGGUGAAAAGUAAAUCAUGCAAAAAUUUUCUGUAAUAAAGUAUGAGGAGGUUUUAAAAGUG